AUGCGGCGGUUUAUCAGAAACAUCAAAUCAAUGUCUUCUUCUUCCCAAAACUUCGUGUCAAGAUCUGUAAUCAAGAAAGUCUUCGCCAAGCUUCAGAAAGAAGGCGACGGAGCCGUCGUUAGACGUGGCAUUUCCAGGAGUGAGCAGAAGUUGUUAGAUCCGUUCUUGAUGCUAGAUGAAUUCUCCGUUUCGCCUCCAGCUGGAUUCCCUGAUCAUCCUCACCGAGGUUUUGAAACUGUAACAUAUGUACUAGAGGGAGGAAUUACUCAUCAAGAUUUCAAAGGCCACAAGGGUACAAUCUAUGCUGGUGAUGUUCAGUGGAUGACUGCAGGAAGAGGAAUCAUUCAUUCUGAAAUGCCUGAAGAAGAAGUUAACAAAGGUUUACAACUUUGGAUCAAUCUUUCCUCCAACGAGAAAAUGAUAGAGCCAAAUUACCAAGAGCUGUCGAAUUCAGACAUACCAAAGGCAGAAGAGAACGGUGUCCAAGUCAAAGUCAUAGCAGGAGAAUCAAUGGGAAUCCAAUCCCCUGUUUACACAAGAACACCAACAAUGUUCCUCGAUUUCACUCUCGAUCCAGGAUCUCAAAUCCACCAGAACAUUCCUGAAUCUUGGAACGCAUUUGCUUACGUUAUAGAAAGCGGUGAAGGCGGAGCCGUAUUCGGCUCAUCAAACUCUUCCCCUGUUUCAGCACACAACGUCGUGGUGUUCGGAACAGGAAAUGACGGUGUUAGCGUGUGGAACAAGUCAUCUUCGAAGAAGUUACGGUUUGUGUUGAUAGCUGGAGAACCGAUAGGUGAACCGGUGGUUCAGUACGGUCCGUUCGUGAUGAAUACACAAGCCGAGAUUGAUAUGACCAUCGAAGAUUAUCACUAUGGUAAGAAUGGCUUCGAAAUGGCCAAGUAUUGGAGGUCACAAUGA